AUGACCUCCACCACGUCUGCCAACCUUUUCACAUGUACGUUCUGCUUCCGCCUGUCUUCUGGCCCGCCGCAAAUCCUGGGCCGCUCUGCCCGUCUCGCCUGCAAGACCUGUUGCACGAUCCUGUUGGACCUCUCCAUCUACUGGGUGUGCGGGGAGCUCAUUUUCCGCGGGGAAGACUGCGUCAGCUUCGGUUGGUGCUUCUGGCACAAGGCCUGCUACGGCUGCUUGCUCUGCGGCAACAGACUCGUCCACCGCGGUGUCAAGAUACCCGCGCUCUUUGCGGGAGAGCCUAAACAGAAGAAUGGGCGAGGGAAAGAGCUGACAGAGGCGCCCAUAUGUGCGCCUUGCAUGGUGGACUCCGAGGUGGAUGGGGUAACCGAGGAGGUCUUGGUCAAAAGAGGACUGAGGCGGGUGGAGAGGUAUGAUGCCGGGGUGACGAGGAAGAGAUGGGAGGAGCGGGAGGGAGAGGCAGGGAGAGACGGUGGUAAAGGGAAAGCAAGAGCCACGAACCUGGAAACAGGGAAGCUGUCACGAGGUUUCGGGAUAGAUGGGGCUGGUGAAGGCGCAUCGCAAGACUCGACUAUAUGGGUGAAUCUUUCCGACCCGAUCAAUGGGCCGUCUUUUAAACCGAGCCCGCUGAAACCUAUUCCUUGGCUCCAGCCGCGAGCUCUACCUACAACGAAACUCGAAGCUCUCUACACUCUGAUAGCACUCGAUCUGGCACUCCCACGAUACGGUUCAAACGUUCACCUGGUCUGGAUGGCAGAGAUGCAAUUCUACCAGCGUCGCGGGAAAUCCCACCCACAACAACAGCAAAGAAGAGCCGCUCCAACGCCCAUCAUCACGACUGAAACUACGGACACGCGGGUCCGAGACGCUUUGUUCUGCGUAUUUGACGCCGCCGGAAUUCCCAGAUUGCCCAAGCACAUCGGAGCUCACGGCCGAGGCGGUGUCAUCGUCGCCCUCGACAGACCUAGCCACAGCUAA